AGUUUUUUCAGACGGUGUAGCAUGACAUUGUACACCCUUAUAGUAACGAGAAAACAUCAAGUCCCGAACUACACAUCCUUUAAACCUGUUACGUAAUUUACCUAACUUAGCGAGCAAAUGUUCCUUAGCUAACAGCUAUCGUCGUCAUUAGCUAUCUACCUUGCAAGUCAACACAUCAUCGUUGUACGGGGGAGUCGGGUGCUAAUGCUAUGGAUUGAUCGGGAUACCAGCAAAACAACCUGACAGUCGGAAGCAUUCACAUCUCUGCAACCAUGUUUGGUCGAUCAAGGAGCUGGGUUGGAGGACAGGGGAAGUCUAAAAACAUUCACUCGUUGGACCAUUUGAAGUAUAUGUACCAUGUCCUGACAAAGAACACAACAGUGACAGACAGCAACAGGAACCUCUUGGUGGAGACCAUUCGAUCCAUCACUGAGAUUCUCAUAUGGGGAGACCAGAAUGACAGCUCUGUUUUCGACUUCUUCCUGGAGAAGAACAUGUUCGCCUUCUUCCUGAACAUCCUGCGUCAGAAGUCCGGGCGCUACGUCUGCGUCCAGCUCCUGCAGACGCUCAACAUCCUGUUUGAAAACAUCAGCCAUGAGACUUCGCUCUAUUACCUCCUGUCUAACAACCAUGUCAACUCCAUCAUCGUUCACAAGUUUGACUUCUCUGACGAGGAGAUCAUGGCUUACUACAUCUCCUUUCUGAAAACCCUGUCCCUCAAGCUCAACAACCACACGGUCCACUUCUUCUACAAUGAGCACACUAAUGACUUUGCCCUGUACACCGAAGCCAUUAAGUUUUUCAACCACCCAGAGAGUAUGGUCCGCAUCGCAGUCCGCACCAUCACACUCAACGUCUACAAAGUGGACAACCAGCACAUGCUGCACUACAUCCGGGACAAGACGGCGGUGCCCUACUUCAGUAACCUGGUCUGGUUCAUCGGCAGCCACGUGAUCGAGCUGGACAAGUGUGUCCAGACAGACGAAGAACACAGGAACAGAGGGAGGCUGAGUGAUCUGGUGGCAGAGCACCUGGAUCACCUCCACUACCUCAACGACAUCCUCACCAUCAACUGUGAGUUCCUCAACGACGUCCUGACCGACCACCUGCUCAACCGCCUCUUCCUGCCCCUCUACGUCUACUCACUGGUUAGCCCCGGGACGUCAGACGACAGGAAGAUCAACCCCCAAGUGUCCCUCAACCUGCUCUCUCAGGUGUUCCUGAUCAUCCACUACCAGCCUCUGGUCCACUCCCUGGCAGAUGUCAUCCUCAACGGAGAUCUGUCAGUCUUCUCCUCACAGAGUGGACCGAACACACAAAAGAGCAUGAACAGUGUUGGCGUGCGUCGCUUCACCAAACCGCCCGAGUCUCUGGAGCGCUCGCUGGAGAUGUCUCGCCACCGGGGGCACAAGCGAGCGCAGAAACGGCCCAACUACAAGAACCUGGGCGAGGAGGAGGAGGACGACAGGCCGGGGGGAGGAGAGGAGGGCUGGGAGGACGGCGGGGAGCGGGAGAGGGAGAAGAGUAAAGGUAGUGAGGGCGGGUGCUCUAAGGGAGGCAGGACGAGUGGGGAGACAGAAGAGAUUGAGAUGGUGGUGAUGGACAAGUGUAAGCUUUCUGAGCUGACGGAGCAGAACAUCACUGAUGAGGAGAAGACGGCAGCUGCUGCCCGCACACAGAGGAGCAGGCCCUUCCUGGACAUGGUGUACAGUGCUCUAGACUGUACGACCGAUGACUACCACGCUCUGUUUGUCCUCUGCCUGCUCUACGCCGUGUCCCACAGCAAAGGUAUAAACCGGGACCUUCUGGAGAGGUUACAGUUGCCUGUGCCUGACCAGGAGAGAAGCUCCUACAGCUUGGUGUUGGUGGAGAGACUCAUACGAGUGAUGAACCAGGCCGCCCAGCCAGACGGUAAGGUGCGUCUGGCCACUCUAGAGCUGAGCUGUCUGCUGCUGAAGCAGUCCGUCCUGUCAGGUUCUCACUGCAUCAUCAAGGACGUUCACCUCGCCUGUCUGGAGGGUGCAAGAGAAGAGAGUCUGCAUCUCCUACGGCGUUUCUACAAGGGGGAGGAAAUCUUUCUGGACAUGUUUGAGGACGAGUACAGGAGCAUGACGAGUAAGCCCCUGAAUGUGGAGUACCUCAUGAUGGACGCCUCCGUGCUGCUGCCCCCUACUGGGACCCCGCUGACUGGCAUCGACUUUGUCAAGAGGCUGCCCUGUGGGGACGUGGAGAAAACACGAAGGGCCAUCCGUGUGUUCUUCAUGCUGAGGGCGCUCUCCCUGCAGCUCCAGGGGGAUCCCGAGACCCAGCUGCCCCUCACCCGCCCCGAAGACCUCAUCAAGACCGACGACGUCCUGGACCUGAACAACAGCGACCUGAUUGCCUGCAUGGUGGUCAGUAAGGAGGGGGGUCGCCAGCGCUUCCUGGCUGUGGACGUGUACCAGAUGAGCCUGGUGGAGCCCGAGACCAAGCGCCUGGGCUGGGGAGUGGUGAAGUUCGCUGGCUUGCUACAAGACAUGCAGGUGUCGGGCGUGGAGGAUGACAGUCGGGCGUUGAACAUCAUCAUCCACAAGCCCAGCUCCAACCCCCACGCCAAGCCCCUCCCCAUCCUGCAGGCCAACUUCAUCUUCGCCGACCACAUCCGCUGCAUCAUCGCCAAGCAGCGCCUCGCCAAGGGCCGCAUCCAGGCACGCCGCAUGAAAAUGCAGAGGAUCGCAGCGCUGCUGGACCUGCCCGUGCAGCCCUCCGCGUCCGACGUCCUGGGUUUCGGCCAGACGGCAAACGCCACCGCCGGCGGCCUCCCCUUCCGCUUCUACGACCAAUCGCGUCGAGCGCCCAACGACCCCACGGCACAGAGAUCGGUCUUCGCCUCCGUUGACAAAGUCCCAGGUUUCGCAGUGGCCCACUGCGUGUCCCAGCACAGCCCGUCUCCCCUGUCAUCCCCCUCCCCCCCCUCCAGCGGGAGUGGCAGCACAGGACGCUGUGAUUCUGUCACUGCCAGCACUAUAUCAGCCCACAGCCCCGCAGAUGAUGGGCCAUUUCUGGAGCACACCCCGCCCUCCUCCUCCGGUGGGGAGGGUGAGGAGCUAAGCGGUUGUGCUGUCCCCGUCUCUCCCCCAGGCCCCUCCAUGGCGCUGGCACCCAGCCUCACCCCCGCAGCCCAGCCCACCAUCUCCCUGCUCACGGACGCCCGCGCCGACCAGCUCAGCGUGGAGUCUCUCACCCUGCUUCCUCCCGCCGACCCCUCCCACCUGCUCCCGUGCACCGCGCACACCUCACUGCAGGGCCCUGGGGUUUCCAUCCCUGAAGAGGAGGAGGAGGAGGAAGAAGAGGAGGCGAGGGUAAAAGAGGAAGAGGUAGCAGCGGACACGGACCCCACCCUCGAAGAAGAGGCAGCAGCGGAACAGGCCACGCCCACCGAGCCGGAGGACCAGGAUGCCGAGGGGGACACGCCCCUUUCUCCGGCCCGGGGGGAGAAGCCAGAGAUGGACAAUCUCCCCGGGUCAGAUCUGCAGCCUGGAGAGGAGGGGGAGGAUCCGGACACGCCCCCUGAUCAUUCAGACACACACUCGCAGGAGGUCGACUAGUUAGCUAACGACACCUAAUCCUGUUUCGCUGACACACCCACACACACACACACAGUGGAGCGAGAAGAAAUCUCGGCUCCGAAGUGAUUGACCUGCUUGGCUGUAAGUGUUGUGGCGUUGUCCUCAAGUGUUGUUGUGAUGAAUUCUGCAGGAUCAAUGUUUUCACACUGUAUUCGCACAUGAAGAAAGACUCUACUCAUUACACCAUUCAUUACAGAGGGACAAUUCUGUGGCGCUGUGUGUGCAUACACAGGGGCCGAUUAAACUUGUAUUCAGUAGUCUUCAUUGGUCACUAGUCUUGUUUGUGGUGGUGUAACACAGCCUAAAGUUGGAAUGCACUUUUAAAGGUCUGCUAUUUCAAUCCGUUCUGUUGAUCUAGAUGCAGUUCAUCCUUGACUAUUAUCACAUGACCCGAGGACGUCAGUUCAGUUUGUUCAGUUCCUCUGUCCUUAGAGGUGACGUGGUCUGGACCUAUGUUUUAGACUGCCAAAACACAAACAGUCAGCUAAACUAGCCUCCCUACUUGGAUUACACACUGUCCCUGGCCACUGCUUUGAUGCCUAGCACAUACUGCCAAUCUGUGUGUGUGUGUGUGUGUGUGUGUGUGUGUGUGUGUGUGUGUGUGUGUGUGUGUGUGUGUGUGUGUGUGUGUGUGUGUGUGUGUGUGUGUGUGUGUGUGUGUGUGUGUGUGUGUGUGUGUGUGUGUGUGUGUGUGUGUGUGUGUGUGUGUGUGUGUGUGUGUGUGUGUGUGUGUGUGUGUGUGUGUGUGCUUGUUGGGAACAGAUUAUGAUCUAAAUAGUGAGCAUUCAUCUCAUUACCAAGGAUGAUGUGUCCUGGUAGCUCUGUACCAACACCAGUCCCGCACCUGGGAGUAGUCCUGCUUGGCUGCGUGUCUGACUGUGUGGCAGGGUGUUUCUGCUGCAGAUGGGGUGUUUCUGCUACAGAGAAGUGUUUCUGCGGCAGCAGGGGUGUUUCUGCCAGAGUACAUCCACCAGCUUUUGGACCUUGCUCACAUCGGCCACGUUUCUCUUUCUCACACAACACAACGGACCUGAAUGUAUCCCACUGGUUCAGAUCCAGGAUCUGAUUGCCUACCACCCAUCUUAACUCUAAUCUGAUAGGGGCCAGGAUGGAGAUGGUCUGGAGUCAGCUUCCGGCCUGUCUAAUGAAGCUUUACUACUGCAAUAAUCUAAAGAGCUAACCAAUGGGGAGAGAGCUGAAUGUAAUGGACAGAACACCUCUCCAACCAGAGUGUAGUUACUGGAGGAGGACACGUUUUCUGAUGGUGAUGGUGAAAAUGAGGAUUAUGAGGUUGUUGGUGUAAAGAGCCCUUUAGAGCUAAGCACACACUGAGAUAUUGGUGUAUACCCUCUUUCUCCCCAUCUUGCUUUCUCUUGGCCUGUCCCAUUCCCGUUCUCCUUUUUUCUUCCUUAACUUCUCUUCCUCCCUCGGUACCUGUGUUGGGGUUAUGAGCAGGACACGAUCCUUCAACUGGAUCUUGUUUUUGAUAUUCCAUACAGCAGUUAAGUGUCAGGAAAGCAAUACUCCUCUUUUCUUCCUUCUUUCUUUUUAUUUAUCUAGUCAGCAUUCCCAACCUUGCUUUCCUUGUAAAUAUUUGCCCCGAUGUUAAGACUGAUGCUAUUAAAGAGGACUUAGUGCAGUGUUUUCUGGAUGUUUCUACGCUCUGUAAAUGCCAUCCGCUUUUAAACUUGUAAUUAUACUAAAUUACGAACAGAGAGAUAAUUCAAGAUCUGCAAUAAAUUAUUCUACUUAUGAUGGUGUUAUUGUG